AUGGAAAUAGAUGAAAAGAAGAAUGAAUUAGAUGAAGUUGAUGAAUUAGAAGAAGUUGAUGAAUUGGAAAUUGAUGAGAAGAAAGACGAAGAAGAUGAAUUGGAACAGAAUAUUAUAGAUAUAAAGGAUGAGGAAGGCAAGGAAUUUAAGGAUAUUAAAAUAGAAAAAGGGGAAGAAGAAAAGAAGAAAGAGGAAGGCAAUAAGGAGGUUAAAAUAGAAAAAGGGGAAGAAGAAAAGAAGAAAGAGGAAGGCAAUAAGGAUCUUAAAAUAACAAAAAAUAAAAAAAAACUCACAAUAAUUUUGGAUUUUGGAGAAAAUACCUCCUCCUCAUACACUGCCACGGCUAUUGAAAAAUAA